AUGACUACAUUCGACUCGAAAUAUGAUAUGUUUCCUGCUGGAGAUGUUGGGAUUGUAGAAGGGGAAAUGAAUAUUCCAUCACGAGGCAUGCCUUCUGGAGAAAGUAUGGAAUUCAACACACUUGAUGAACCUAUUAAAGAAACAUUUAUGCGGGAUUUGAGAGCUGUUGGUAACAAAUUUUUCCAUGUGCUAAUACCAAGAGAGAAAACAAGCUUAUUAAAGGAAUGGGACCUCUGGGGUCCGUUGCUCCUGUGCACCCUCAUGGCCACCAUCCUGCAGGGUUCUACAGAACGCGCUGAUAACUCCAACGACGGUGGCCCCGAGUUCGCUGAGGUGUUUGUGCUGGUGUGGAUUGGAGCUGCCAUAGUCACCGCCAACUCUAAGCUUUUGGGUGGCAAUAUAUCCUUCUUCCAAUCGGUGUGCGUGCUGGGAUACUGUUUGUUCCCAAUUGCACUUGCACUAAUCAUCUGCCGUAUAAUACUUUUCACAACGCAGAACUCGUUCCUCUUCUUCCUUAGACUGGUGAUAUCUAUGGUUGGCUUCAUCUGGGCAACAUUCGCUGCUACAAAGUUCCUUGGCGACAGUCAACCUGAGGGCAAGAAAGCUUUAGCAGUAUAUCCAAUAUGUUUGUUCUACUUCAUUCUGUCAUGGCUUGUAGUCUCUCACAGUAAUGUU